UGAUGUGAUUCAGCUAAGUUACUUACCGGUACUGUAGUUGCCGCAAGUGUAAUAAUAAUUUUGAGACAACUUGGGGCCGCUACAGGUCCUCCACCUUCGGCCAUUGCACCUUCAGGAAUCACCACAAUCCACAAUCUCUUACAAGCAUUUUCAAUUUUCGGAUCGGUGAGGCAAAGGUAGAUGUUCGCCUUCCACUGCCGAGAUCUGAUCAGCCGUUGAAGAUGCUAGCGAAUUUCCUUCUCUUCCAGUUUGUCCUGUCUGUACUAGCGGUGCUGGGAAGGCUGCCCAUCGCCAGCUAUGCCCUCACGGAUACAAUGCUCUUCAUGGAUACCAAGGACGUGGAGAGCGUCUGGGGCAGGGUGAGACCGGUAGCCAAUCCCGCGCAGCCGAUUCCCAUGCUGGCUUGUCCACCGGAAAACUACUCGUCCGGCGCGACCGUGACGGCAAGCUUCGUGGUGCUCGACAACGCGAUGGAGUCGCCAUCCCAGGAUUGGCAAACGGGGAAUGCGAUCUAUGAAAUCUACGUAGUGGUCGGGCGAGGCGGAGAACCGUUUGUGGCGGGUGACGACCAACCAAUUGACCGGGAGGAAGGCUCUUUGGUGGAGGUGAAAAGGUACACGACCAGCGAUUUCAAAACAUAUUCAUCGCCUGUUGUUGUAAUUUCGCUAGCCAAAGUGAAAGACAAGGGCUGGACGGUGAAAAGCAUUGAUCGGGACAGCGCUACUGGACAGUACAUCAUGCUGGCUUCUGGCGAAGGUGGAACGCAUGCCUUCUCCACAGACGAACCUCCAACCAAGCCGAACUCAUUCAAACCUACCACGGGCAGCCUUGACAAGGCAAACUUCAAUGACCAUGACGACACAAAUCUCAUCUUCUCUCUAGCUCCCGGUGUUGAUGAGCCGUGGGUUGAUAUGCAGAUCAUGUACGAAGACGUGAGCAUCACAAUGCCAAAGACCUACUCGAAAAAGAAGUACUGUGACAAUCUGGGCGAUACGUACCGCCGUGUGGUGUCCGUACGCACAUCCAAGACGGGUGAGAAGUGGACACAGGAUGCAGGCUGCAAAGACCAGCCACAAGUAGACGAGCACUGCAAGCAUUUCGACCUGUCCAAGAUGAUUCGGCCCGUGGUCGACUCUGAUCCACCUGAGCUGGAGUUCUACCGUGUGCGACCGUUCUACCUGUCUGGUACGCGGAGACUUGCCGCACACGCUCUACUCUACUCACCAGCACCGACACAACUUGCCACGGUCAAAGGAUAUGGUCGCCAGCCGCCAAGCUGCAAAUCAGAUGGCUGCUGCCAUGGCCCACACAUGUACGAGGAGUGGUGGAUUGGCCCGAAUGACGGCGAUCCGACCAACAUAUCGGAGUGGAGAAGGCCGUUCUAUGACACGCAUGCCUUCCCACACGACAUCUGGGCUAUGUCGCAGCCAUUGGUUUACAACAACUCUCACAUCUGGGUGGAUAACGGUGAAGUGUGGGGGCUGCCACUCUACCGACUUGCAGGACUCUACACUGAUUCCAAUGGUGAAAUUGUCACGUCCGCAUUUGCAAUGCCAGGAGAGGCACUAUGGCUGAAUGCUCAGGCGCUCUGGGAAGGCGGCAAUCAUGUGGGUGGUUGCGACGAAGGAUGUGCUGCUUACAUCAUGGUCGAGCUGUUGAAUGCAACCAGUUCCAAGCGGCAGAUUCCCAUACCUGGCUAUGAACGCCGAAAUUGCAUCAUGGUCAACGUCGACAGCUUGCAGAUACCCUUAGUUUGGAAGAAGGGAGGUCUAAUGCACAACACGCCGCAAAAUGGGCAGCUCAACACUGAGGAGAGCCGCACUGGGGAAGAACUGGUCGGGCAACCAGUCAAAGUUAAGAUCUACUUCCGGCACGCUACCAUAUACGCCAUUGGCACCAAGAGUACACUGGAUAAGGCUGUGAGGCCUGCCAGUUGAGAAGCAGCAGCAGCCUGUGCAGAUACACUAGUAUAGUAGUACAGACACGGUAACUACUUAGUCACGGUACACUGUAUGUGCCGCUACACUGUAACACUGUGACUAGCAGCGAUGAUGCUGUGAUGAGUGGCAUCACUUGCCUAGCAGCCACACCCAGGAGUGCUCUGCCUUGGAAACGACCCGCAGCCAGAUUUACCGCCAAGUACCAGUGUCCCCGGCGCUCCCUCUCAAAAUCCACCCUCUGCUUGGUCUCUGUCUACUAAGGUCUGAAUGACAAUACAAGUCAUACUUCUGCUCAGUAUCUCCUGGUUUAGUUGUCCUAUUAGAGAGCAAUGUCUGAGUGCUGCGUUGCUAAUACUAUUAUAGUAAUAGAGUUUUACAAGGUUUGGCAAUGCUUGUAGAAAAUACUUUAAAACUUGCCAUGAGCUUCAGUACUCGAGUGCCGAUUUGCGUUGUCAUGGAGACAUGUUUAGCCACUAUCGCCACUUACAGAAGUAUGUUUACCAAUACACUUGCCAUGCAAGUAGUAGCUUCA